AAGGCGGCCGACACGUUUUGUACGCAACUCUUUUACUGUAACAUUUGAAAUCUGAUCUAUAAGGCUAUCUAUCAUUAUUAUUUUUCAGUACAUAACACCACCAAAACGUUGAAAAAAGCAUAACAACGGGUACGCAAGCUUAACAGUGAUGAGGGCAAAUAAAACUUUUUCAUGAGUUAGAGACUGUUGUGUAGUGUCACACAUCUCGUCAGGAUCAAUAGCGUAGGGUUCGACGAGAUUCAACGUUUUGAUUUUCCGGGAGAAUCAGGUGGGAUGUGCAGGAAAAGGUUUUGUAGCUCACCGAGUCGGAGGCCUUCCAUAAAACAGGCGCAAACGAAUGCUUCUCGUGUUGUUCUAUCCAUGGUGAGUAGUGCUUGGCCGGCUGGACACUGUAGUGUAUGCAAGUAAUCGGUAGGUGACUCCACCAGUAUUUUUGUUUGCGUACGAUCAGCUCCACUAUGUGUUGCUGAGGCCCUAACUGGAGGUCAAAGCAUUCGUCCUGAAUGUGCCAGUUGCGGGAUGAGUAGUUGGCUACAGAAAACCCAGCAGCGACGCUAAGAUAUGGUCAUAGUGAGUGACAGAAGAAACAUAGUUGAGGAACGAUUGCAUACGCAACUUCCAUAUCUGGUUGUCUGAUAUUCCAAAGAUUGGUGGUAUGCGGAGGUUGUUGGCCGCAUCGCCUUUAACUCGCGUUUUUCUUUACCUCCGAGAUCAAUUAUGUAACGUCCUUUUGGGUUUACAGACAAACAAACAGGCAGACUGAAUGAAGAACGCGGAUUACAUAGCACUGUUCUUUAUUAGGAUGACAGCUAGAAUAAAGUGGGUACAGCAGUAUCUCACUCUUGACAAAGUUUUUUAUGUUAAGUUUGCGUUCUGGUUGUUCUCCUUCUUUCAAUGCUUUGGCUGUGUUGUAUACUAAAAGGGGAAAGGAAAAUAAACAGGCACUGUAGAAAUAUGCUUGUCUUAAAUAGUCUUCGUCAUUCAUUCAUGAAGUACUCAUCAUCCAUCCAAACAAAAGUCAGAAAUUUAUUUAUCCAGGUUCAAGAGACUCCUAAUCCAAACAGUUUGAAAUAUUUUCCCGGCAAAGAUGUAUUAGGAUCUGGGACCAGAGACUUCCCAUCUUUUACUCAUGCAAAAUCGUCGCCACUGGCCAGACAGUUGCUUCGAAUUGAAGGUGUUGAACAGGUGUUUUUCGGUCCUGAUUUUAUCACAAUCACGAAGAAUGACAAGUUAGAAUGGACUGUAAUAAAACCGGAUGUGUAUGCAACUAUAAUGGAUUUCUACAGCUCAGGACAACCUAUUGUAAUCGAAGAAGAAACAAACGAUCCAAAUGAGCCAUGUGAAGACGAUGAUGAGACAGUAUUGAUGAUCAAAGAACUUUUGGAUACUCGGAUAAGGCCUACUGUCCAAGAAGACGGUGGUGAUAUUAUUUACAAGGGUUUUAAAGAUGGUAUUGUCCUGUUAAAACUGCAGGGGUCCUGUUCAAGCUGUCCUAGUUCCGUUGUUACACUGAAGAAUGGUGUACAAAAUAUGCUUCAGUUCUACAUACCAGAUGUAUUGGGCGUUGAACAAGUUGAAGAUGAGCUAGACGCAGUAUCUAAAGAGCAGCUGGAAAAACUGGAAAAGGAGAUAGAGAAUAAUGAGAAGAAAGAAUGAACAGUUUGCAAUGUAUGGAAUAGAAGAUGACAAGAUGUUUUCUCACUGUGUAAAGAAACUAUCACUUGAAUGCAAUGAUACUGUAAAUGCAAACUUCAUUGUGUCGUAGUGCUUUAAGCCUCAAUGUUCGCCUAUCGAAAUUUUAAUAAUAUUACACCACUG